AUGGUAAUCCUGCCCUGGGAAAACCAAACGGUAGAAUCCUUUGUGCUUAGAGGAUUCUCUUCCAUCCAAGAGCUAAAUAUUUUCCUCUUUAUGAUGUUUUUAGUUUUUUACAUCUUAAUUGUUUCUGGAAACAUCCUCAUUGUCCUGCUAGUUUUAUUCAGCCAUCGCCUCCAUACCCCCAUGUACUUCUUCUUGGUGAACCUGUCCUUUCUGGAGAUCUGGUAUACCUCCAAUAUCGUCCCCAAGAUGUUGAUAAUUAUCCUAGCUAAACAGAAGACGAUAUCUGUGUCUGGCUGCCUGGCACAGUUCUACUUCUUUGGAUCCUUGGCUGCAACAGAGUGCCUCUUGCUUGCUGUGAUGUCCUAUGACCGUUACCUGGCCAUCUGCCAACCUCUCCACUAUCCCAUCCUCAUGACUGGCCCUUUCUGCGUUAGACUGGCUGCCAGCUCUUGGCUCUGCUGCUUCCUUCUCACAGCAGUCACGAUGGUCCUACUGUCUAGACUAACCUUCUGUGGACCCAAUGAAAUUGAUCACUUCUUUUGUGACUUCACCCCUCUGGUCCAUCUCUCCUGUAUGGACACCUCGCUAACUGAGAUGGUUGCCUAUUCCACCUCUUCUGCAGUGACUCUGUUUCCCUUUCUCCUCAUCACAGCCUCCUACUCCUGCAUCCUUGCUGUUAUCCUUAGAAUUCCAUCUGGCACAGGCCGGCAAAAGGCCUUCUCCACAUGCUCCUCCCACCUCACGGUGGUCAUAGUAUUUUAUGGGACUCUGAUCGCCACAUAUCUCGUGCCCUCAGCCAACUCUUCCCAACUCUUGCGCAAAGGGUUUUCUCUGCUCUAUACCAUCCUGACACCCAUGUUCAACCCCCUCAUCUAUAGCCUAAGGAACAGAGACAUCCUUGAAGCCCUGAAGAAGUGCUGGAGUAAGAAGCCAGAUUUCCUUGUGUGA